CUCACUUCAAACGAAGGGCUAAAGAAAUUUUCAAGAUGGCCGCUCACUCGAGCAAGCAGACCCAUAAAUGGACGGCCGAGGAAACCCGAAGGCUCAUCCGUUUUCGUGGUGAAAAUGAGCAAUUUUUUUUAAAGUCAAAAUACGGCGCAAAAAAACUUUGGCAGACAUUAAUAAAAGACCUGGAGUUGGAGGGAAUAGUGACGGGCCAACAGGCAUCAAAAAAAUGGGAGAAUUUAAAGAAGAAAUAUAAGGAUUUAAGAACACCUAAAACUGGUUCAGGAACAGAUGCUGGAGAGGUAACAGCUGCAACAUGGCAAUAUUUUGAUGCCAUGCAUGAGGUGUUGGGUGCCAGACCUUCUGUGGACCCUCCUGUGGUGGUUGCAUCACUCACUGAUGAGGAACCAACAGCAAUCGUCAUGGAGAUUGUUGAACCCAGUACUGCCACUGCAACAAGCACUACAGAAACCUCACCUUUGCCCAAUACAUCUGGAGCCAGCGCAGCAGCCCCCACAGCCAUAGCAAGCCCCUUAACCUCAUCACCCAGAAAAAAAAGAAAAACAAAUCCCAUUGUGGACUUUUUAGUUGCGGAGUCCCGGAAGGAGCAAAAACGCCACGAAGAGAGUGAGGCCAAGACUGAGAGGUUCCUUAAUCUUUUUGAAAAAAUGAUUGAUAAAAUGUAGUUGUGUUUCAUAUAUUUUUAUUAUAAGUUCUUCUAGUUCUGCAAGCUGCACUAAUGUUUAC